UCCAAUUCUGGAUUAUUACUUUGAAAUUUCGGUCUGAGAGGGUUUCUGAAUGAUCCAUCGAAGAGCGAAAACCAUUAAUCCAAAACAAUUGUUCCAUUGUGCUAAUAAUGGAUCCGUAUCACACACCAAAACACCGUCACCCCGCCGAAGACCAACCUCAACCUCUAAAUUUCGCAAGCGCAUUCCUUUCGUCAAUGAAGUUAAAGACGUGGAAGACGCAGAAGAAGCUUUAUCUCUCUUUCACCGUUACAAGGAACAGGGUUAUAGGCACUAUUACCCUUCCUACGCCGCACUACUCUACAAACUAGCUCGUUCUAGAAACUUGGAAGCCGUUGAAACGCUUCUUACUCACAUGAAAGACACCGACAUGCACUGCAGAGAAACCCUUUUCAUUGCUCUCUUUCAACAUUUUGAUCCCCAGAAGGCCGUUGAACUUUUUCACAGAAUGCCUCAGUUUAAUUGCGUUCGCACGUUAAUGUCCUUCAACGCGCUUCUCAACGUUCUAGUUGAUAAUGAUCGGUUCGACGAGGCCAGUGAUGUUUUUGCUCGAUCCUAUGAAAUGGGUUUUCGUCCAAACACUGUUACCUUCAAUAUAAUGAUUAAGGGGUGGUUGGGGAAGGGUGAGUGGAGAAAAGCAUGCGAGGUGUUUGAUGAAAUGCUUCAGAAGAGAGUGAAGCCGAGUGUGGUCACUUAUAAUAGUCUCAUUGGGUUUUUGUCUAGAAAGGGUGAUUUGGAUAAAGCUAUGAGCUUGCUUGCGGACAUGAAGCAGAAAGGAAAACGUGCGAAUGAAGUGACUUAUGCUUUGUUGAUGGAAGGUUUGUGCUCUGUGGGGAAGUAUGAGGAGGCCAAGAAGCUAAUGUUUGAUAUGGCGUAUCGAGGGUGUAAACCUCAGCUGGUGAAUUUUUGUGUUUUGAUGAAUGAUCUUGGAAAGAGAGGGAAGAUUGAAGAGGCCAAGGCUUUGCUCCAUGAGAUGAAGAAAAGACAGCUUAAGCCGGAUGUUGUUACAUUCAAUACUUUGAUCAAUUAUCUUUGCAAGGAAGGGAAGGCAUUGGAAGCUUACAAAGUGUUAAUUGAGAUGCAGAUUGGUGGGUGUGAGCCGAAUGCCGUGACAUACAGGAUGAUGGUUGAUGGUUUAUGCAAGAUUGGGGACUUUGCGGUAGGUCUGAAUGUUUUGAAUGCAAUGCUUACAAGUAGACAUUGUCCGCGGUCUGAAACGUUUAACUGUUUGGUCUUUGGCCUGUUGAACUCUGGGAAUAUUGAUGGUGCCUGCUUUGUUUUGGAAGAGAUGGAGAAGAGAAAGGUGGAAAUUGAUUUAGAGAACUGGGAAAAUAUAAUAAAAUCUGCAUGUAGUGAGGAUAAGGGUGCAAGUGAGCUUAUGAUUAUACUUACAUCUUCAACUAUCUAA